AUACCAACGGUCGCUCUCUCCUCUCUGAAUAUGCAGUCUGAGGUUUUUUUUAUUUUGAAUCAAAUUUAAAGUCACUAAUUUCUAUGAAAUUAAGCAUUUAAUUAGCCUUUGAUCGAGUGAUCCGAGUGCCCAAGAGCCAACCGUCCGCCCCCCGACCGCGCAAUCAUCGCGGGCAACCCAAGAAGAGCCCCCGGAAAAUCAAAGGAAUAAAUCAAAAACGACAGCGUGCCGCAAGCCGAAGAGAGCGGAUCUCAGUUCGAGGUGCAUGCAGCACGUUGUAAUUAGGUUAGCAGCAUAUAGCAGCACCACAUAACAUAAUAACAUGGCCCAUCAGCAGCAGCAGGGCAUGGACUCGGCCUUGUUCGAGCGGCGAUUGCGGCCGGUCUACGAUAACUUGGAGGUGGGCAACAACCGCAAAGCCCUGCAGGAGUCCGAGAAGCUGCUAAAGAAACAUCCAACCCUGCUCUGCGCACGUGCUCUGAAGGGUCUAUCCCUCCUUCGACUGGGUCGCUAUGACGAGAGCCAUGGAUGCCUCCAGACCGUGGCUGAGGAGAAGCCCACGGACGACUCCACGCUGCAGGUGCUAUCCUUUUGCUACCGCGAAAUGGAACAACUGGAUAAAAUUGUGGAGCUGUACCAGCACGCGGUAAAGCAGAAUCCCGGCAAUGAGGAGCUGCUCGCCCACCUCUUCAUCUCGCAUGUUAGAGUAGAGGACUACAAGGCGCAGCAGGCGGUGGCCCUGCAGCUCUACAAGGCUCAGCCAAAGAAUGCAUACUACUUUUGGUCCGUGAUCAGUGUAGUCUUCCAGGGAAUUCGAGGACCGGAGUCGGCGCAGCCAGAGAAGAGGAAAAUCUACCUGGGUCUGGCCCAGCGAAUGGUCGACAAGCACAUCAAGGAGGGCAAGUUGGAGACGGAGCAAGAGGCCUUUCUCUAUCUGCACAUUCUCAAGCUACAGAGCAAGUACCAGGAGGCAUGGGAAUUCCUCACUGGCGAGCUUUGCGCCAAACUCUAUCCUGGUGCUCCUGUCAGCAUGAAGUUCGAGCUGCUCAAGGAACUGGGUAACUGGCGGGAGCUCAAUGAGUUGUUGCAGCAGCUUCUUGACGCAGAUCGAGACCGCUGGGACUUCUACAAGGAAUACAUCCAAAGUUCGUUCGAGUUGCUUAAACUGACGUCAAAGGCUGAGGAAAACGGUGAGAGGGAUUCGCUGGCCAAAUGUCAGGAGUUCCUUCAGGGCAUUAUCGACUCCUCGGAGCGCAAGAAGCGGGGUCCCUAUCUGGCGCGUUUGGAGCUUCACCAGCGCAUGCGAGCAGACCAACUGCCGGCGGAGAAGCUCGUCGGCGACUUUGACGAAAUGAUCAUCGAGUACUUCCGUCUAUUUGGCGACAAGUCCUGCUGCACCCAUGAUAUCGCCUUGUUUUUGCCUUCGAUCAGUAUGAAGCAGAGGCAGGCGUUGGCCAGCAAGUUGCUGUUGGAGAGCGGAGUCACCUCCACGUCGCUUCCGAAGAAUAAAGAACAGAUGCAAAAGCACCUUUGCGCUCUGCAAAUCUCGCGGAUGUGCGGCUCCCAUAUGGAGUUGCCCGUGGACCACCUGCUUGCCUUCUAUACGGCCCUCAAGCUGCACUACGAACACGGCCGGAGUACUUUCGGCAAAAAGCUGCUGUCAACGGAAAUGGGACCUUCGGAUGCAUAUGCCCUCCUGGCGGCGAAUGUUAUGUACGACCUGAGUAGACGAGAAAACAAAUCUGAUUACCUGUUCGAGGCGCUAUGCUUGCUGCAGUACGUUCUGCGUAAUAGCACGAGUAAUUUCCACGUGAAGCUGCUGAGUUUGAAGAUCUACCAUCUGUUUGGUUGCCAGGUGGGUGCUCAGGAGAUGUACGAGUACCUGGACAUCAAGCAGAUCCAGCUGGACUCUAUGGGCUAUGUGCACUGCCAGUUAUUACCGCUGGGCGGUCGUUUCUCGGGUACCCGAAAUGUAUACGAUGCUACUUUGAAGUUCUUUACUAACAGCUAUAAGGAACGCUUGGAGUAUAUUGCUUUGACCUAUCGCUUCUGCACAUUUUCCAAGAUGGAGGAGUUCAUGAACUUCAAGGAACGGCUAACGAACAGCUUGCAGUACGUGGCCUGCUCGGUGGAGGCGCAGAUCUGCGACCUAGUCAGUUGUUAUGGCAAUAUCCAGCAGAACCUGACAGCAUAUUCUGCUAUGAGCAUUGAACCGGCGGAGGACCGGAUCGCCUGGCAUGAGUUGAGUGACAAUCGUGACUUAGAGGCUGUCAUCCGCUGGGAUCCCCUUCACGAGGUGGAUGCUGCAGAGGAACGCAAAGAGUCUUUCGAUCAAGAAGUAGAGGUCCUGCAGGUGCGGUCGCUAAUGCUCCGACUCUUUGCAUCCUUUGUUGACUUGUAUCACGGGACCAGUUCGAAAGAUGCGCCAGCGGGAAAGGAGACGGCUACCCUUGAACUCCUGCGUGAGUCCUGGACGGGAUUAUUCCAGCGACUGCGUCUGAUGAACUACAAGCCCUUGGCACAAAAGUUUCUAGUCAAUCUGCUGCCUACACGCCUUCACCUGCUGCUAGAACUGCCAUACGAACGAUUCUUUGACGACCUGGCCCAACUGGUCCUCGAUCUGCAAAGCGGAUCCGGAAAGCUGGCGGAGCAGUGCAAAAGGGUGGGUGACAAUGUCAUCACUGUUAUGGAGCUGUGUGUGCAGACCAUCAACGAAAGCAACGAGUGUAACGGCAUGGACGGUCUUUGGAAGCGGCGGCAGCAUCAGCAGAAGGUUGCGGCCAGUCUGGAGAUGCUAUCUCUUUAUGCCUUCCUGCUGUCCGUGCUGAACGACAAGCUGCAGGUCAGCUCGAAGACCAAGACCAAGAAGAGGCAGGUGGAUAACAAGGUGGAUGGAACCCAGCCGAUCAGUGAGAAGGAGCGAAGCCAGAUGUUGCAAGAGCUUGUGCGACAGCUUAAGCACAAGCUCGAGUCCUGCGACGCAGCCAUCCGCACCUGGAAGGCGCCGGUGCUGCCGCGCGACCUCAGCUCGUUUAUGUCGGACAUGUCGCUGAAGCCGGAGGUGGAGGCCACACUCAUCGGAGAUGUCUCGGCCACUUUUAAGGACUCACACGAGCUGAUGGUACCCGAGUUACGCAAUUUGCUGAAGGACAAGAUACGCAUGGUGGCCAAGUAGAUGCCUCUUUGCUGUGCAAAGUCCAUCGGCCAGUCUGGACAUCGCUGCCUAAUCACGAUCCAAGUUCAUAGUUUGUUAUUUAAUUUUGUUAACGAAUACAACCAACUUCCUACUCCCCCCACA